GCAUAUUUGCCUGGCUAGUAUAACCGACUAGAUCACUAACUCCUAUGAAUUUGCCUCUCUCGAUUUUGGGCAAUCUUCAGAUUAUGGCAGCAACAACAUGAUGAUGAUGUUGCUGAGGAUGCCGAUGACGACGAUGAUGAUGAUGGUGAUGAUGAGUGUCGUGCCAAGUUACCACGUGAUGCGCUAGCAGCUUGCUGAAAGUAUUCAAAGCUGUUGCUGUUGCUCUUGCUGUCGCUGUCGCUGUCGAAGUUGUCGUCGGCGGCAGAGGCAGAGGCAGCAGCAGCUGAAACUGAAGCAGCAGCAACAGCAACAGCAGAGGGCACCUGGCACACCGGGCAGCCGACAGCCGACAGAGAUCAGCGGGCUUUGGCUUUGGUUUUGGUUUUGUGCAUUUGCAUUCAUUAUGUUUGGCACCGUCGACGCGGCCACAACGCCACCGCAUAACGCAGUUCGAACUUCGAACACAUCAAUUGACAGUCAAAGAUUCUUUUUAGCUCGUCAUUGAAUUGCGGUAUCAGUUCUCGUGUCUUGGUGUAUUAGUGUGUGUGUUGCAAUUAUUUUGGCGCUUUUGAAAAAUGUUUGAAAUGUGGAUUUGUGUACCGAGUUGCUAACACUUGUUUGCUGAGAACUACACAUCUGUCAACUCGACAAGUGUCUCACGUUGACCUUUCGCUUGAAAUUCCUUUGAAAUUGAUCGCAGUUAAAUCCACAUAUACAUAUACAAUUAUUUACAUACAUAAUGUCGCCAUAUAUCUUAAAAUUAGUUGUUCUGCUUUGCCUGAGCUACGCUGCAUUCGCCGAUGAGCCGCUGAUGACAAAUCCGGAACGCCACCACAAGAAACGCCAAAUCUAUCGCGAGCAAGUGCUGCCACAUGCGGGUGGCAAGAUACCAGACACUGCCUUCGAGACCGAUCGCCUCUAUCUCAAUCGUCUGCAAAAGGAGGGCAUCUCCAUACCCGAUGGCAUUGUGCCCCAGCAACGGAGUCCACAGGUCUAUCAGUAUUAUGAUAAGAGCAUGCGCACCGUUUAUCACAUUGCCCUGAGCUCAGAUGGACGUUAUACGCCACGAGAAGGUCGCUACCAUUACAGACAAGUGCCCACCGUGGAGACCACUUAUCUGUAUCCACAGGCCGUGGGUCGUCCGUAUGUGUUGGUGGCACCAAAGCAUGCAUUGCCCACCUAUCGCCAGUUGCAGCUGCACAAUCCGUUGCUCAAUCAGGUGAAAUUGCAGCCCAAGAAAGUGCCCAAUUUUCUGGAACUAGCGCCCACGGUGGGCAAGAGUCAUGCCGUUAGCAGUGCAUCCAAGGCGCAGUCCUAUCAAAACGUGAAUCUUCUGCAUGGUCCAGCGCUGCCCGCGUUCAAGAAAACCUCCGGAGGCAGCAAGACCUAUGUGGAUAGUUAUGGCAAGACUCAUCUCUACAGCGAAUUUGAUGAUUUGCUUAGCAAACUUCACUUGAAUCCCGCAAUGCAAAAGUAUUAGUUAUUAUUAUGCAUAUGAGUAUUUAAUAAGGUCUAAUUUUAGUACACACCUAUUUCUUAUACGCAAUCACAAACUAUCAUAUUUCUUUGCAAUUAUAGCCUAUUUUUAUACCCGGCACUCAUAAGAGAAUAAGUUUUAACUGAC